AUGGCGAAGACACGACGCUGGUCUUGCAGCUCCGUGGCAGCUUUCAUCGCUGUGCUCUUGCUCUCUGUAGGCGCUUACUUGGGUAUCAUCGUGAAUACCAAAAGCAAGUAUAGAUCUGCUCUGGCGAGGACUUCUGCCCUUAUACGCUUCAGAUCAAAGCGAUUUGUUUCGACGUACAUAUCCAGCAGAAGGUUUUUGCAUGAUGAGAGCAACAAAAGCUUAUCAACGACGCCUAGGAAAUCUUCAUCCCUUCGCGAUGAUUCUGGAUGUGAUUGUGGAUGUUGUGAAUCAGGAUAUCUAUAUGGUUGCUCCACAUGUUGCCCAUGCGCUGCAGACCCAGGCCCAUGCUCCACACGCCGAACUUACCAUUGCGGCUGUUGCGACGAUGGUUGGCUGUACGGAUGCUCAGGAGUCUGUGGUGGCGCAGGCAAUGGGGUUUGCAGCGAACGAGCAUCGAGUGAGUGUGGAUGCUGUAGCCAGGGAAUUGUCUACGGUUGUGUUGGAACAUGCGGAGAUGCUCCAGGGACCGGUCCUUGCAGUCUCAGAUCUACAGGCUCCUGUGGAUGCUGUGAUUCAGGAUUCUUCUGGGGUUGCAGGGGUAGUUGUGGCGGGACAACGUUCUCCUCUGUGACAUUCGAAUUCAUGACGGAGAAGGCAACCUCUACUCUCACUGAUCUCGCCCUAGAAUAUACUCUGCAACCAAAGCUUCUUGCUCAGGUCGACAUCAUCAAGACUUCUUUCUCGAUGACUGCUGACAUGAUUACGAAUGAAGAUUUUACUGAGGAACUGUUGUUUGACGUAUUCAGGACGGCCACGGGAUUCGUUCCACCUCCCUAUGGGACGGUGAUUCAGGUUGCAUGGGGUGCCUAUGACUUUGUUACUACAUAUCAAAAGACUGGAAGUGUGUGGGAAGCUAGUUUGGAAGUGGUUUCCAACAAUCUAGAUCUCGAUCAAUUCGUAGACGUUGGAAAAGCCCUAUCAGGACAGGCCAAGGCGUCAAAGAUAAUUAAGAAUGCGGUGAGGGCGGCCAACCGUCGCUUCCGGAAGAACAGGAUUGUGAAUGGAAAGCUGCGAACAACAACAGAACCCCUUCUUGUCAAGAUAUCUUUCUUUAUGAAUGUGACAAAUGAAACGCAUCUGCAGUCAAUCCUGGAUGACAUCGGUCAAGAAAAAAUGUUCUCAAAGACAGAGAUGGACCCUGUGAAGUUUGGAUUUUGGGAUGACACCGCCACGUUGGCAGUCGGAUGCAUGUUUCACGACUGUGUUCCACAGGUCAUCGUUCAGCCAUCUUCGGAUGUCUUUCUCAACGUGAGCUUUAGUUAUGCAGCUGCCUCUGAUACUCUUGACUCAACCACACGUGACAUGAUCCGAGCCGUGGUUGCAAAUGUUGCCGGACCUCCGGCUUUACAAAGCGACGUGAUCAUCAACAGCGAAACCAGUGAAUCGGAUUCGUCUACUUUCAUCGAACUUGCCAUUAUGGUCAAAAGCAGGGUAUACACAUCGAUGGCAAUGGAACGGCUGACAGACAUCAACCUCAACGAGGAGGGAGUCAAGGCACAGCUGGGGGUAGACAUGUUCUCAUCGGUGAACUCCAGCUCUUACUCCUCAAACUACACUAUCACUCCUCUCGGCCUUCAGCCAGACCAAACCUCGGUACCAACAGAAGAGACUCCCGUAACAACGCAAGUAACAUCUGCAUCAACUCCAUCGGAAACUGCGAUUAUGAUGACCCCUGAGCCUUCGACCUCACAGUCAUGGGAAUGCACGGAUGGAUACAAGCGAAUCUUGCUAAGCAACACUAUCCUCGGCUCAGAUGGAACGAGCAACAACUUCUCUGCGUGCCUUCCUGACGCAUUAUGGCCGCACAAAUCAGAGUUUACAAGCUGUACGGCCAAGUACAACUGGGAACAGUUGGCACAGAUACCUCAGGACAAAAAAGAUGAUUUCUUUAUCACGGGAGGACUUGGCAAGUUGAUGGUCCCAAAUGUCAUGGAAGUUUGGGUAUGCGAGAAGAAUCAUGUUUGUGCAACAGAGAAUGGUGACAACUUCUUCUGUUUCACCUAUGACGAGGAUCGAGACCUGUUUUACCCAUGGGGAUUGUUGUCAGUCUUGAAGCUAAGGCACAAAUCCAUCUUUGAAGUGCGAAGUCUGCAUUGA